CAAACAAACAACAGUUAUUUUUCGUGCGAAAGAAAAACCUUUGCUCUGUAUUCGUUAUGUACGAGAGCAGCAGCAGCUUCACAACUCGAUUUCGAAUCCGUGCAAGAGUCGAAGAGUGUUGGUUUUGUCGGUGCUGUUGCUAGUUAUGGCAUCUCCCCUGCCAAUGCGUUCGAUGUUCGGUGUCGCAGUGACCACUCUAAAUCAAUCCGUCGCGAUCUGAAAGGUGCUCGGUGAAAUGGACACGGAAAAGGUCGUGACACAAUCCGUGCAGCGAAAGCGAAAGUAAGAGGUUCCCCUCUUUCGUCAGAACGUACCAGUUUUGGCACUGUCAGCGCAAUCCAGAGAAGCAAAAAGUCUGGCUGAUAUCGGAAAGUUUUUCAGGCUGACAAGGACAUCAAUUGGAAGUGAAAUAUCGUCAUAAUCGAUAGCGAAACGAACGUGCAAAACUAUCGCUGCCUUCCGUGAGGAAAGUAGGGAAAAAUUAGGGAACUUGUAGAUUUAGAGUGCGUGUUACGAAUUUAGCGACAGUGAAUGUGAGGUAUUUAAUUGAAAAAAAGCUGUUCUCAAUCACUUCGUGAGAAAAUGUGAAACUGUAAGAGUUCAGCCUUGUGGAAGCAAGCGGUGUAGGCGGAGAAAGAGAGGAAUCAAGGUGCAUUCAUAAUUAACUACUUUCGGAAGGACUGAUUUCGGUCGAGUGACAGCUACUGAAUAUCAAUUUGAGUCGAUUUGAGAAGAACAUCAUUCGUGGAAUAAACAAUAUACUCAAUAGAUAGCCGCAGCUAUUGUUUGUGGCAGUAUCUUCCGCGGGGCCCAUCUGGCUAGCAAUUGUGUGAAGUGGUGGGAAAUGAAAAAGCUAGCGCGAAGCUACAGAAAGCGGCACGUUUCCUGGUAUAAUCUGAUGGCGGCGCGCUCUAUAGCUCUUCAUUCAUGGAAACGCAAUUUUUAGCACCUAUAUUGAGAGAGAAACAGGAAGAGAAAAAUUUGGUGCGGGUGUUGUUAGUGGCCAAUGUUGCGUGGCAACCGCAUGCUGCCCCCAAUAGGAGGAAUGUUGAAUAGUUGGUUCUGCGUUCGCUAUUUUGUCGAUAGCAUAUAGAAUGAGAAGUGCUGCAAACUGAUCAUGAUGCAUCCGCUCGCGGCUGGUACACAGAAUGAUAUCGUUAGUUGGGCACUGAAUGACGAAUUGUACUCUACCAUUAGACCGACUCCAGCACCAAUAACGACACUCUCUACCUUCUCUACCGCCUCGACAUUUCAGUCUCGCUUCAAUUUCUUGUAUGCCUUUUAACUCGUUAGGAUGUUGCUAGGAAAUGACUAUUAUAAUAAGAGAAACUCUCAGCAGCGUAAUCUCAAGACGACCAUACUGACGAGCUUUAUCAAGAAAAUGGCGUUUACCGGAUCGCUCAGAAAAACUUUGUUUGGAUUGCUGCUGCUGAUGGUGUCGCUGGUGAUGUUCCUGUACUGGAGUGAGAAUCAGAGUUCUCUCAAGCCAUCUAGUUCCUCGAUCCUGUUUGCGGGAAUAUUCAAUCGGGACGGCGUGGGGGGUGAUGGAGGCGCAUUGAGGGGGGCCAUCCAAAUGCCAAAAAUUAGUCCACCUGAAAAAAUGUGGUCAUACAAAUGCGUGAACAACCAUUGCAUACGGCAGCACUACGUUGAGGCCGAUGACGCGGAGAGUUCCUUCGGUGGCAGCACGCCUGGAAAGCGUGUACCAUUCCUAACCUGCACUAUGACCUGUGGGCCAAUCAAUAUUUGGCCGCAGCCCACGGGGAAAACCACUAUCGGAAGCAAAGCAUCACGUUUCCGAUUGGGAGAUAUUCACGCGCACUUCACGACUGGUUCCGAUGCGGUGGAAAGCUUGUUGAAUCGUGCGUUCGAUGUAUUCCGGGAAGAAUUGCACGCUGUUUUGGUGGCACAUGGCGAAACAUAUGACGACACGGAUGAGUUGGCUGUCACAGAAGGUAGUGAGGUGAAUCGGGGGAAGGACUCGGAUGGAGAGAAAGUGGAUCAGCCGUUGAAGAUACGCUUCUACAAAACAGUUGAUGAGAAUCGCUACGAUGUGGAUAAGUUUGACGUGAAGAUUUCGGUGCUGAAAUCACCAGACACUUAUUUGACGUUGCAUACCGACGAAAGUUAUAACCUAUCUGUGACCCAUACGGCACGCACUCUCGUGGCGAAAGUAUACGCUAACAGCUUUUUCGGGGCGAAACAUGCUCUCACAACGUUGCAACAGUUGAUAUGGUUCGACGACGAGGAACGUAUCCUGAAAGUUCUCAACAAAGCCUUAGUUGAAGAUGUGCCAAGAUUUAACUUCCGUGGCCUUAUGUUAGACACAUCGAGACAUUAUUUCUCCGUGGAGUCGAUAAAGCGUACACUUGUUGGAAUGUCUCACUCCAAGCUGAACCGAUUCCACUGGCACAUCACGGAUUCGCAAAGUUUUCCCUUCAUGUCCAAAAACUAUCCCCAGCUGGCCCGGUAUGGUGCUUAUUCCGAUAGGGAAAUUUACACAACCGGCGACGUGAAAGAUAUUGUGGACUUCGCCAAAGUGCGUGGAAUACAGAUCAUUCCGGAAAUUGAUGCUCCGGCGCACGCCGGGAACGGGUGGGACUGGGGACCCAAACACAAUCUGGGUGAGCUGAGUCUCUGCAUCAACCAACAGCCCUGGAGUUACUACUGCGGGGAGCCUCCCUGCGGUCAGCUUAAUCCUAAAAAUAACAACACCUAUCUGGUUCUGCAGAAGCUGUACGAAGAGUUGUUGGACCUGACCGGUCCGUUGGAUUACUUCCACUUGGGGGGUGACGAGGUGAAUUUGGAAUGCUGGCAGCAGCAUUUUAACGAGUCGGACAUGCGAACGCUGUGGUGUGACUUUAUGCAGCAGGCCUACAACAGGCUUCAGCUUGCGAACAAGGGUGUUCCGCCAAAAAUGGUAGCCGUGUGGUCCAGUGGGCUGACCAGUUAUCCGUGUCUUUCGAAGAACUCCUACGCGGUGCAAAUUUGGGGUGGCAGCAAGUGGCAGGAGAACUAUCAACUGUUGAACGCCGGUUUCAACCUGGUGAUAUCGCAUGUGGACGCUUGGUAUCUGGAUUGUGGCUUCGGUAGUUGGCGAUCGACCGGCGAGGGUGCCUGCUCUCCGUACCGAAACUGGCAGACCGUCUACAAACACCGACCGUGGGACGAGAUGAAGCUAACCUCGCUUCAGAUGCGCCAGAUACUGGGCGGCGAGGCCUGCCUAUGGACGGAACAGGUCGACGAGUCAACGCUAGACUCGCGCCUCUGGCCGCGAGCAUCGGCCCUGGCCGAACGGCUGUGGACCGAUCCGGUGGAGGAGAUCUACAGCGAGUCCGUGCCGAAGGAGACCUUCAACCGGAUGUCAGUCUUCCGAAAUCAUUUGCUCGAGCUGGGCCUGCGGGCCGAACCGAUCUUCCCGAAGUAUUGCGCCCAGAACCAGGACGAGUGUGUAUGAUAUUUGAUGAGCCCGUUCUACUAGACAGGGUCACCAACACAAACGGCUAGAGGAGGGAUGCUGCUGCUGAUGGUCGCGCACCGAUUGUUGCUAGGUUUUCGUAAGAGUUGUAAAUAUUUGUAAAAUCGUGUAGGAUAGAGAACACAUAAUUAAGGUUUCAGCAAAAUGCAAGAGUAGGCGCAGCAGAUGGGGUUGUCCCUAUCUGCUCAGCAAAUAGUGAAACAUGUGCAAGCAAAAGUGAGACACGCAAGUACCAACACCGAUGGUUGUAUACUAGGAGAACAAAUCUGAAUAGUUCACAAAAGCAUAAGACGCGAUAUAUUUUUGAAAAUAUUUUAGAACAUAUUCUUAGGUACUUCUGCCUUCAGUGUAGACGGUGAUAGGGUAAAAGUACUAUAAUUCGCCCACUUCAUAGAUUAUGGUAAAAUAAUCACAAACACACAGCAUGUCAACGUGGAUUAUUUUAGCGACUUUGAUUCGGCUGAAUUUAUUCCGUUUGCUCGUUUUUUUUAAAUCUGUGAGCAUCGUGAUGUUUCCAACCAUAAUACGUGGUUAUUGAUUUUAAGUAUUCAACAAAUACGUGAAGUGAUUUUGCAAGUUGACCCACAUAGUAAUAGAAACAAUUAACACUGUUAUAUGCAUUGUUUAUUCUGAGUUUGUACUUAAAUUGAUGCAAGUGCCAUGUGGUGGAUAGAAAUUAGACAUUAUCCUAACAUUAACUAAUACGACUAGGUAUCUUACCCCACAGCGUUGCGGCACUGAGCAUUGAUAGGUACUUAUUAAUUUCUGUUGUAAUGUCAUAGUUUGUUUAUUGAAACCGUUGUAUUGAGCACCAACAACAUGUAGUUUUCACAUUACCUCUGUCCGACCAUAGUAUCCGUAGAAGAUUGUAGAAUCGUACUGUUUGUUUCAGUUGAGAAUUCAUUGCAAAUACGCUUUACUCAGAGUAGCAGUAUUUUUCUGUUUUGAUAUUAUUUUAAAACCUUCAGCUGCGAUGAUGGUAUAUCCGUGGAACAAAUGCUGAAUUUGAGCUGUAAAUCAUGGGCGAAAUGGAAAAUCACGCGUGGAAGCCUUAUUUUCGUACCGGUCCAAAUGACCCGUUAUUUUAUUAGACACAGUAUGUAAACAAAUUAGUUGAAGAUUACCAAGUUGAACGGUAUGCCUUCUAUGAACACAAAUUGACUGGAGAGCCAGCAAAAAAUGUUGAUAUUACGUACGAGUUGGUAGAUUAUUGAAAUUUUAUCCUAUUGAUUUGGACAAGACACUUUGUUUUGGAUGCUCUCUGUCUCUGUUGUGAAAUGAAAAAUAAACAGUUAAUCAAA